UCGGUGCAGUAGUUUCCAUGAUUAUCAUCCUUCGCUUGUUCAAGAAACUAAGGUCAUUGUUCUUCAAGAGACACACAAGCGAUCGAGAGAUUGAAAACUUCAUCAAGAAACAUGGAUCCUUAACUCCGAAAAGAUUCAGCUAUACACAGGUCAAAAGAAUGAUCUGUUCCUUCAGGGAGAAGCUUGGUGAGGGAGGUUUCGGUGCUGUUUACAAAGGGAAGCUGCCUGAUGGCACUCUUGUGGCUGUCAAACUCUUGAACGCAUCCAAAGGAAACGGAGAAGAGUUCGUCAAUGAGGUGGCAAGCAUUAGCAGGACUUCUCAUGUCAACAUCGUCACCCUUGUGGGCUUCUGCUUUGAGGGUCAUAAGCGGGCUUUGAUCUAUGAAUACAUGUCUAACGGGUCUCUCGACAGGUUCAUAAAUGAUGAAAAUGCCACGAUGAGAAGCCCAAGAUUGGGAUGGAACAAGCUGUACCAAAUCGCAGUGGGAACAGCUAGAGGGCUCGAGUAUCUUCAUAGGGGGUGCAGCACGAGGAUUUUGCAUUUCGACAUAAAACCUCAGAUCAUACUUUUGGACAAUGACUAUUGCGCGAAGAUAUCUGAUUUUGGGCUCUCCAAGCUAUGCCUCAAAAGGGAGAGUAUUGUAUCAAUGCUGGUCGGAAGAGGUACUAUUGGAUAUAUUGCUCCGGAAGUCUUCAACAGAAACUUCGGUGAUGUUUCACACAAAUCGGACGUUUACAGCUACGGGAUGAUGCUUAUAGAGAUGAUUGGAGGGGGAAAAAGGGUAAAUGCUGAAGCAGAUCAAAGCAGCGAGAUGUAUUUCGCCGAUCAGGUUUACCAGUUCAUAGAGGAAGGAUACGAUCAAGGUUUUUACUGCCAUUUAAUGGAAGAGGAUAAGGAAACUGAAAAAAAAAUGGCAUUCGUGGGUGUAUGGUGUAUACAAACAGACCCAAAACAAAGACCAUCUAUGAGGAGAGUCAUAGAGAUGUUGGAAGGAAGUGCAGAAGCUCUGCAGAUCCCUCCGAAGCCUUACUUAUUCUCUCCCCGUAGAUCACCAACAUAGACUCGUUGUAAAUCUCAGUAUCACUGUAACCUUGUUUUCCUAAGAAAUUUAUACUAUAGAUAUCUGGCCAAUCUCAUCCAAUAGAAGGGAAAAGAUCGAUGUUAGAUUCAAAUUCUCCUCCGAUUUAAUCAUUAAAUGGAUUUAUGUAUCUUAGUUGCAGGGAGAGUCCGGAUAUGACUGUCUCUACUCCUACUACAACCAUCAAGAC